UCGGCAUAACGUAAUUCUCGCGUGAAUUCAGGCCGAAGUCGAGCGCUGACGGGAGCCACAGGUCUACACCUGCAACUAUAACAGUGCUGUGAAGGAGGCUCCUGCUGGUUUGGAAGCUCUCAAGGCCUGACGUGGGGAACCCAAAGAGGGGGCGGGGCCAGAGCCGGAGCCUCGGCUUUGAACCGCAGAGCUCUGUCUUUUUCCAAAAAAGGAGCCCCAAAGAGGAUUGACCUUUCUCCGCAAAUAUCAAAGCCAUGGCUCAGGAGUCAGUGAUGUUCAGUGAUGUGUCCAUAGACUUCUCUCAGGAGGAGUGGGAAUGCCUGAAUGAUGAUCAGAGAGAUUUAUACAGAGAUGUGAUGUUGGAGAAUUACAACAACCUGGUUUCAAUGGGACAUUCUAUUUCUAAACCAGAUGUGAUCUCCUUCUUGGAGCAGGGGAAGGAGCCCUGGUUGGUUAACAGAGAAGUAACAGGAGGCCAGUGUCCAGUCCUGGAAUCAAGAUGUGAAGCCAAGAAAUUAUUUCUGAAGAAGGAAAUUUAUGAAAUAGAGUCAGCCCAGUGGGAGAUAAUGGGAAGACUUACAAGACAUGACCUUCAGUGCUCUAGUUUCAGAGAUGAUUGGGAAUGUAAUGACCAGUUUGAGAGACAACAUGCCUCUCAGGAGGGACAUUUCAGUCGACCAAUAUACACUCGUGAAGGCAUGCCCACUUUUAGUCAGCAUCCAUCCUUUACAUUACAGCAAAUCAUUCAUAAUAAAGAGAAAUACUGUGCAACUAGGGAAUAUAGGAAAACCUUUAGACAUGACUCACAGCUUACUACACAUCAGAUAAUUCAUACCAUUGAAAAACCCUAUAAAUGUAAGGAAUGUGGAAAGGCCUUUAGACAUCCAUCAAGACUCAGUCAUCAUCAGAAAAUUCAUACUGGCAAGAAGCCAUUUGAAUGUAAGGAAUGUGGAAAAACCUUUAUUUGUGGCUCAGACCUUACUCGACAUCAGAGAAUUCACACUGGUGAGAAGCCUUAUGAAUGUAAGGAAUGUGGGAAGGCCUUUAGUAGUGGUUCAAACUUCACUAGACAUCAGAGAAUUCACACUGGUGAGAAGCCCUAUGAAUGUAAAGAAUGUGGGAAAGCCUUUAGUAGUGGCUCAAACUUUACUCAACAUCAAAGAAUUCAUACGGGAGAGAAACCCUAUGAAUGUAAGGAAUGUGGAAAUGCCUUUAGUCAGAGCUCACAACUUAUUAAACAUCAGAGAAUUCAUACAGGUGAGAAACCUUAUGAAUGUAAGGAAUGUGAAAAGGCUUUUCGUUCUGGUUCAGACCUUACUCGACACCAGAGAAUUCAUACUGGUGAGAAACCCUACGAAUGUAAGAUAUGUGGGAAAGCCUAUUCUCAGAGUUCACAACUUAUUAGUCAUCACAGAAUUCAUACUGGUGAGAAACCCUAUGAAUAUAGGGAAUGUGGGAAGACCUUUAAUUUUGCCUCACAAGUUAUUCAACAUCAAAAUUUGUACUGGUGAUAAACCAUAGAAUAUAUGAAAUGUGUAGGAAGGCUUUUAAUUACAGCUCAACUAUUCAGCAUCAGAAUUAUCUUAAUAAUAGUAAUUCUAAAUAAAGAAACAGGCUAUUUGUUGACAGCAGCUUAUUUAGCCCAAGAAAAAUGUAGGAAAAACACCCCACUA